AUCUUUACAGCUAACACAGGUUUCUCUGUGUCUAUAUACGAUGUGACCUCACGAAGCAUUUAUGUCAGAUGGCCUAAGUUUUCAGGAGCCUCUUCUUACAGAGUCACAGCUACGGCUGUGAAUACUGUAGGCCAUUCAUUACUGGCUCAUUUUAGUGAUGUGACACUUAAAGGAACUCUAUCUUCAUUAAUUCCCAAUACUGUUUAUGCUAUACAAGCAGAAGCAAUUGACAAGAAUGGAAUCAUUCUUGCAGAAACACAAAUUAUGCAGUCAACAGCUCCAGACGUACCCGUUAUUGACCAGGCUUAUUCAAAACUUAGCAACAGCAUCACAGUGGAGUGGAGAGCGGUACCUGGGGCUACCAGUUACCUGCUGACUGCACAAGACGGAAAUUCCUUCAUUGAAACUGUAGUUAGAAAUUCUCCAGGCACAGUCACAGGACUGAAACCUGCCACCUUGUACAGAAUCACUAUCAGAUCUGUAAAUUCAGGAGGAAAAAGCCAGCCUUCGCCUUUUCGAAAAGCAAAAACAGUCCUGGCUGCUCCAGUUCUGUCUGUCAGUUCUCCAAGUUGUGACUCCAUUGCAGUGAGCUGGAAAGCUGUGUAUAUGGCAGCUGGAUUCUCUGUGUUCCUCAUGAGAUCGGAUGGUUUGGGCAGAAUGCUGAAGGAGAACACCACCAACACCUCCUUGAUAUUUACAAAUCUAGAUCCAGGAACUCUCUAUACUAUCAAGGCAUACGCCUGGAAUGUCAACGGGGUACCUGGAGAUGAUUUCACAUAUAACCAAAGAACAAUUCCUUGUGCACCAGUAAAUAUAUUAAUUGAAGAGGAGGAACCUGGCCGCUUGUUGGUAUCAUGGUCUAGCGCCAAUUUUGGUCAUUAUUACGUGGUUUUUGUGAAGAGUGAUGAUGGCUUGGAAGUGCACUGCAACACAUCACGUACUCAAUGCCAUUUUCAGUCAGACUGUGGCUUCACUUAUUUCAUUAGUGUCUUUGCAUAUAACAGGGCAGGGCAGAGUCCUUCAGGUGAUGUAUUCAAUUAUACUACUGCACCCUGCUGCCCCAGCGACUUGCGGGCCACCUUCGUGUCAGGUGACGCCGUGCGGGUCACCUGGGCCCCGGUCCGUGGUGCCGAAAUGUACCAAACGCGGGCCGUGGGUGGGAGCGGCGCGCUGCUCUGCAAUGACACCGCCGCUGCUUGCACCCUCUCCGCUCUGCAGUGCAACACCCGCUAUCGGAUCGCCGUUUAUUCUUUCAGCGAGGCCCGCGGCAGCAACAUGUCGUGUGCAUCUAAGUACGUGGCGACAGCUCCUUGCAGUCCUGAAAUUAAAAAUAUCUCGAAGAAGGCUCGCUCUGUAAUGAGUGUGCACUGGCAAUCUAACAAUGAAGAAGCUACAUACGUUGUCACUGCCAGAGGAGAUGCUGGACUUCGGCACUGCGCAAGCUCCGGAAAUUCCUGUACCCUAAUUAAUCUUCCCUGUGGAUCAGCUUUCUCAGUCAGUGCUAUAGCAAGAUCACCGGCAGGACAGAGUUUACCAAGCUACAGUGUUCCUUUAGAGACAGCUCCUUGUUGCCCUACUGACCUGAUACUAACUCAAGUGGCACAGUCUGUAACGAAUAUCAGCUGGUCUGCUGGGAUGGGUGCACAGACAUAUGUAACGACACUGGAGUCACCAAGAGGACAGGCAAAAUGCCACACUCUUCAAAACUACUGUCUCCUGGGAUGCAUCACGUGCAGCACCAACUAUACCGUGUCUCUGAAAGCAAUCAGUGAAACGGGUUUGACAUCCAGUUGCACCUACCAAGGAUAUUCUUCCAGUGCUUGCUGCCCUUCUGGAGUGAAGCUCUAUAGACUCGGCAAUAACGGUAUCAGGGUACACUGGCGAGCUUCUGAUGAAACGAUAAACUACAGUACACAUUUACAUGGCUCCAAAGGGAAUUUCACCUGUACCCCUAGCCCAGGCUUAAGUCACUGUGAUAUCACCGAGAUACCAUGUGGGGACGUCUACACAGUGGUAGUAUCUCCAGUUACUGAUAAGGAGCCGAAGCUUACAUUUUGUGCUAAGAAAAUAUAUUCAGUGACCUGUUCUGGAAGCUCUGUUGGAAUGGUGAUUUAUAGAGGAAGAGGAAAGAGCAACGCAGAGCAACACAUCUAG